GAGGAGUUCAGGGCAGCAGUUUCAGCACGAUUCUCUAGUACAACACCCUGCGUUUCACCCUAGAGAAGGAAUGUUGGCGAAGCUCUCUACCACAUGGAAACUGCUCUUAAAGCUGCUGGGCCCUGGAAUUGUGUUCAGCAGUCUGAAACCAACCUUCCACUUUUCUCAUUCACCCUCCCACUCGGGGCUAGUGCACACCUAUUGAGGAAAACCAAACAACUUCAAAACAGACACAACGUCACCUUGAUUUCUGCUGAGAUGAAGACCGUGCGGCCCACCCUCCUCUUGUUACUGUUCAUGCCUCUGACCCAGCCAGCACCCCCAGCGCAGCAGGACUCACGCGCUGUCUACGAGUCCGAGUACGGAGCAGAUAAUUUUGAAGAAACCCUAUAUUACUAUGAGGAUAACUACCAAGAUGGAAAGCAUAUCAAGGAAGAUGUUCCUAUGAUAAUACCUGAGAACAGUUUUCAGUUACAAAGAGAUGACACUGCCACACCAUUACCCCCCAAGAAAGAGAAUGAUGAAAUGCCCACCUGCCUACUAUGUGUGUGUUUAAGUGGCUCUGUGUACUGUGAAGAAAUUGAUAUUGACACUGUACCCCCCUUGCCAAAGGAAUCCGCCUAUCUUUACGCACGAUUCAACAAAAUUAAAAAGCUGACUGCUAAAGAUUUUGCAGACAUACCUAACUUAAGAAGACUUGAUUUUACUGGAAAUUUGAUAGAAGAGAUAGAAGAUGGUACUUUUUCAAAACUUUCUCUGUUAGAAGAACUUUCACUUGCUGAAAAUCAACUACUGAAACUUCCAGCUCUUCCUCCAAAGCUCAUUCUAUUUAAUGCAAAACACAACAAAAUCAAGAGUAGAGGAAUCAAAGCAAGUACAUUCAAAAAAUUGAAUAAGCUCUCUUUCCUCUACUUGGACCACAAUGCCCUGGAAUCUGUGCCUCCUAACUUACCAGAAAGUCUGCGUAUAAUUCAUCUGCAGUUUAAUAACAUAACUUCAAUUACAGAUGAUACAUUCUGCAAGUCUAAUGACACCCGUUAUAUUCGGGACCGUGUAGAAGAGAUUCGUCUGGAGGGCAAUCCAAUCGACCUGGGAAAGCAUCCAAACAGUUUCAUUUGCUUAAAAAGAUUACCCAUAGGGUCUUACUUCUAACCACUGUCAAUACAGUGUACAAGCAAAAGUACCUAUUAAUACCUAUUAAUCUGUCUCAACAAUGUAUAAAGGAAUAUCCAUACUGGUUUAACAUUAACCUUGUAUCCCAUUAUGAAGGAAUUAUACAUUUUAAGCAAAGAUGUGCCAAAAUCUUACUGCAAGCAGACUGAAUUUCUAAGUCAAAAACAAAAUAAUGUGAAAAAAUUUUAAAAGCAGUAAAAAAAAUCUUUGUAGUUUAUAUUAGAGUACCAUUUAAAAGGCAUGUCUUAGUAUAAAUACAACAUUUGAGACACAUUAUUCUCAUUACUAAUGAAUUAAGUAAAGUCUAAGAAACUUGCAAUUGUUUGUCUUUCCUGACCUUUACUGUACCUCUUUAGGGAAGCUGUUCCAAAAGUUCUGAAAAACUAAAUAUUUCCAGCGAUCACCCAUGUUUCUUAGACGAUUCAUACCACACACUAUGAAGCUAGAACUCUGUUUUCUUCCUAUGAAGGCAGCUAUCUUAGUGUAUUUUCACUUAGCCUGAGAAAUUGGGCAUGGUCCCAUGUUUAGGAAAAAAUUUUCAAAUAAAGUACAGUUUUACUCUCUGAUAAACUGCUUAAAUACAAAUGUUCAAUUUUCUGUUGUGUGGUCACAUAAUCUUUAGUAAAAUAAUAAAAUUUUCUUUAAUCUA